AAUAUGGACAGGCACAGACAAAAGGACCCCCCUCUAAACAUCUCCCUUAGAACCAGUGAAGGGACACAAAGACAUACAACAUUACAACAACACAAUAACACAAGAUAGAGAGAGAGGGAUGCACAUCACACACACAAAUCCACAAGUAGACAUCCUUCCAUGUCUUCCUCACUCACCCAUAACCAUAAGCAAAUGAAUAUACAUAUAUAUAUAUAUACUAGGACUAGUUGAGCUGCAGCUUCAGACAUUCAGAGUGAAGAGCAGCACAGCAGCUAGGUGAGGAGAGGGGCACCACUACACCACCACCACUACACAGCAAGUAGUACUAUACACUUGGAUUUGGGAGGAGCAAAGGGGAAGUAUCCCUUUUGCCUCUCUACCUUCUCUUUCUUCUCUCUUCUCUCUUGUUGCGAGCAAGAGAACAACAAAGGGGGUUCAGUUCAGUCCAGUCCUUGGAACAAUGAUGGCCUGUGGGUCUCCCAGCACUGAGGUGGUCGAUGAGUUCGAGAAGCUUGUCAUUAGAAUGAACCCUCCAAGGGUCACUGUGGAUAAUACCUCGGACAUGACUGCCACCUUGGUGAAGGUGGACAGUGCAAACAAGUAUGGGACCUUGCUGGAGGUGGUUCAGGUGCUGACUGAACUGAAGCUGACCAUAAAAAGGGCCUACAUUUCCUCUGAUGGAGAGUGGUUCAUGGAUGUGUUCCAUGUCGUGGAUCAGGAUGGGAAUAAACUUUAUGAUGGCCAAGUCAUUGACAGAAUUGAGCUGUCGCUGGGAGCUGGGUCGCUGAGUUUCCGGGCGCCGCCGGAGAGGUCGGUGGAGGUGGAGGCGGAGGCGGCGGCGGCGCAGACGGCCAUUGAGCUGAUCGGUAAGGACCGGCCGGGGCUCCUGUCGGAGGUGUUCGCCGUGCUCACCGACCUCAAGUGCAACAUCGUGUCGUCGGAGGUGUGGACGCACGACGCGCGCAUGGCGGCGCUGGUGCACGUCACGGACGCCGACACGCUCGGCGCCAUCGACGACCAGGACCGCCUCGACACGGUCAAGCGCCUGCUCCGCCACCUCCUCCGCGGCGGCGGCGCCGGCGCGCGCGACCGGAAGGCCACCGCCCGCGCCGCCAUCCCCGCGCCGCGCCGCGACGGCGCGGCGGCGCACGCCCCGCGCCGCCUCCACCAGAUGAUGCACGACGACCGCGCCGCCGCCGCCCCCCAGCCCUCCUCCUCCUCCGGCGACGGCGGCGGCCGCGGCCGCCCCGUCGUGGAGGUCGUCGACUGCGCCGAGCGCGGGUACACCCUCGUGAACGUGCGGUGCCGCGACCGCCCGAAGCUGCUGUUCGACACCGUGUGCACGCUCACCGACAUGCAGUACGUCGUCUUCCACGGCACCGUCAUCGCCGAGGGCUCCGAGGCGUACCAGGAGUACUACAUCCGCCACCUCGACGACAGCCCCGUCACCUCCGGCGACGAACGCGACCGCCUCGGCCGCUGCCUCGAGGCGGCCAUCCAACGCCGCAACACCGAGCAGGGGCUGAGGCUGGAGCUGUACUGCGAGGACAGGGUCGGGCUGCUGUCCGACGUGACGCGGAUAUUCCGGGAGCACGGGCUGUCGGUGACGCACGCCGAGGUGGCGACGCGGGGCGCGCGCGCGGCGAACGUGUUCUACGUGGUGGCGGCGUCGGGGGAGCCCGUGGAGGCGCACGCCGUGGAGGCGGUGCGCGCGGAGAUCGGCGAGCAGGUGCUGUUCGUCAGGGAGGACGCCGGCGGCGGCGAGCCCAGGUCGCCGCCCGGUCGCGAUCGCCGAUCCCUCGGCAACAUGAUCAGGUCACGGUCGGAGAAGUUCCUCUACAACCUCGGCCUCAUCAGAUCGUGCUCCUAGUCUAGAUGAGAAUAAUGAGUAUCAUUGAGCGUCAUUAACAACUAGCUAGUUUGAUCAUGGCAGUGUACUGUAGCUUCUAGCUAAGCUAAGCUUAAUUAGCGUCGUGUUCGUUGAUCCAUGUCAAAAUCUUGGAUUAAAAUGGGACCUGCUUGAUCAGCAUCACCAGUGUAAAUAUUUUCUCCAUUA